AACAUUGGUGCACUGGUCAAAUUAGAGCAUCUCACAUUUGAAAGUCCAAUGUUAAAAUGCUUGCAAACUUCUCUUGUAAACUUGUGCUCAUUGAAGUAUAUUAGAAUUAUAGAUUCUAUUGGUGAAAUGGAUUUUGAUGCCCGGGCUGAAGACCACAAACAAGUCUCCAGGAUAUCAAUUUCCAGUAAUUGUAGUCCCGAUCUUGAAACUUUCGCGGUUGAGAAAAAUCUCCAUUUAAUGGAGAUAGAGACACUACCAGUGUCUCUCAAAAGCCUAUCAAUAAGAAAAUGCCACGUGCUGAAGAAUAUUGGGUGUAUUAGUGGUCUCGUAAGCCUUGAAGUUUUGUUUAUAUCCGAUUGUCCGCAGAUACAAGAACUCCCAAGCUUUGCUGAUUUGGCUUCGCUGAGAAGAUUUGAUGUACUAGCGCUCGAAUGUGACACCAUAUCAGCUGUGAAACCUUAUAUUCAGUCUAUGAAGGAAUGCCCAAGCUUUCUGAAGAUACAAGGUAGCGUGAGCCGUGUCACGGAGCCAGCUGUAAACUCUUUGGCGUUUCCUGAUCUUGUGGUCAACGAGGUGGAUGAGACGUCCGGACAUUCGUGCAAGGGUGAUUAUUUGUUUUAUUUGGAGGGAAAGGAGAAGAAUGAGGAGGAGAGGAAAGUGGUACGUAUAUCUGUGUGCCUCGACCGUUAUAUGUCCAUCAGCAAACUUCUCUCGUUCGGGGGAAGUGUUGAAGUAGAGAGAGAGAAAGCAGUAGUAGUUGAGGGAAGAAGGGAAAGAGUGGUGGAGGCAUUUUACCGAUUAUUAGCACGUCUGGAAUAGGUAACAUUCAUUUUAUGCUUUUAAGAAAAUAAGAUAGCCUAAUUCUUGGACUAAUUCUUAAUAGGUACAAAGAAUUUAUACAAAGUUUAUUGUUCUUGGACUAAUUCUUAAUAGGUACAAAGAAUUUAUAUUUCUAUUUGUGCUCACAAGUAUAUAUGAUUGCUAUAUAUAAUAUAAAAUAUUUUUUUACGGAAAAAGAAAACUUGAGUUUAUUGAUGGAAAAUCAAAUGUCUUGAAAAUGACACACAUCUCUUAGAGUUUCGUUUGGUUUUGAUUGAAGACCGUUUGAAGUGCUUUGCUAGUGUUUGGUCGCUCUUGCGACUGUAAGAUUGUGGGCAAGUUGUGCCCCUGCGGCAUGAAGUCGCCUGCAGGGGAUCCGGGGGGAGGAUCUUCCCAUCCUAACAAAGUUCCAGUGCCCUCCACCUGUCCUCCCUCGACGGAUCCGACUGUGGACGAGGUGAUGGAGGAAAUAAAUGGAAAUGAAUGCGAGAAGGUAGGUAAAACGACUGGCGGCUCCUCAAAUGACCCCAAGCCUAGGUCAUUUGCGGAUGCUGUGAGUCAAUCUGCAGGUUGCAACCCACAAGCCAAGUUUGAUGCUGUUAACCCUAGGCCGAAUGAGGAGAUCGCAGGAUAUGGUAAGAACUCUUCGGCCCCCCUUGCAUCCUUUUCUGUUGCUCCAAAUCUUGAGAUGCUGAAUGAAAUUGUUAAUGAGAAGGCUAGAUUGUGUGAUACAACUAUUUUCUUUUCUGCUACGGAGGUGGAAAAGUGCCCUCCGAGAAAGUUUAUGGAUGACUGGUUUCAGAAAUAUUGGAAUCAUAAGUUAGGGUUUCACAUUUCUUUCUGUAGACAAUUGCAGAGAGGGUUAUUUGUGGUUUUCUUUGCUAGCCCAGAAGCCCAAAAGGAAGUGGUUAAGAGGCAAUAUUGGCUCAUGGGUUCUACCUCCUUCAGGGCGUUAGCUUGGUCUCCGGAGGUUACUCAUGAGGAGGUGCUUGCUCUUGCAGCGCCUAGAUGGAUUUUAGUCAAAAAUGUGCCCCCCUUCCUAUGGAAAUUUUUGCCCCAACUAUUGGAGCCCCUCGGUAGGACCAUAAGAAUGGACGAUUUGAUGAAGUUAGUCCCCCACAUGGAUGCUCGCAUGCUUGUUUCAUUUCUUCUUGGUUGUGAGGUGCCUGAUUGUAUCUCUGUUGAUUUGGUUGAAGAAACUGUUGUUUGCCCCCUGGAGGUUCUGGGUGGGCUCAAUGCUUGUUUCCUGUGUCGUAAGGAAGGGCAUCGCAGGAAGGACUGCCCUAUUAUCAAAAAAAAUCCUCUAAAUAAGCAGAAAGUUGUUAAUGAAGCCUCGGCUCCCAAACCCUCGCAGCCGCAAAAUGGUGUCUCCCCGUCGGUCUCUGCUACACCCACUAACCCUAAGGAUGUUGUCGAGAACCCUAAUCUCCCGAACCCUCCUGCUAUGCCUAGGGUUUCGUCAAAAGUUGCUAGUGAGAAAAUUAAUAGUGACGAUUCCACCAUUAUAGGUCAGCUCAUUUCUCAUGAUUCUAGUUCUGCUUUUGACCCUAUUUCGGGUGAUGGUUUUGUUGUAGUCCACUCCAAGAAGAAACGCAAAGGUAUGCACCUCUCUCAGCAAGAUAAGACUCCGCAAGCCCGUGUUUCACCUUCUAAGCCCUCUUCUCCCCCAGUGCUUAAUUCUAUUAGUCUCAAUCAUGAUAAAUCGAGAGGUAAUGUUGAUUCAAGUUCGUCCUCGCGUGCUGGUUAUGACUGUGUUCGGCCGGCCCACAAUAGUGUUGGUAAGAUAAGAUCGCAGAAGGUCUUCAAGGAAAUUGAGGACGACUGUGUUCUUGAGGUCAUCCCUGCCGAGGGGCUCCAACAGUGCUUGCCUUCCUUCUCAGUGUUUGAAAAUGAUCCUGCCGAGGGGCUCCAACAGUUGGGGCACUGCAAGGAAGUUGAUGCGUUUGCUAUUUCAGCUAAGGUUUCUCAAUGAUUUGUUUAUCUUGGAAUGUGAGGGGGCUUGAAUCUCCCGACAGGAAAUUCGUGGUUAAAAGACUUUUGUCUUCUGUUCAGCAUGUUGAUUUUUUGAUGCUUCAAGAAGUUAAGGCCACUGAUUUCAUGUUAGACACUAGUCUUAAUUUUAUUUGGAAAGAUGUUGUGAAAUUUACCUCGAACCAUGUCAGAGGUAAAGGGGGAGUUGCUCUCCUUAUUGAUCAAAAGUGGAAAAAGUUUAUUGUCAGUCAUGAAUGCUCUCCUUGUCAGAGAGCUGUGUGGUGCACUGUUGAAUGUGAUAACUGCUCUUUUGGCAUUUGUACUAUAUAUGCCCCUAAUGACUCCCGUGAUAGAAGUAAUUUGUGGAGUUGGCUGAACUCUCUUCCGGACAUCCCCUGGCUUUUUGGGGGGGAUUUCAACAUGAUUGAGACUCAGGAGGAUAAAAUUGGAGGUCACCCUAUGCAAUGGAAUGAGAAUGAGUAUGUUUUAUGGAAUAGGUUAGUUUAUAACAAGAACCUAUUUGACCCGUUAGCUGGGAAUAAAGCUGUUCACCGUGGUCUCUGGCAUACUUGGUGUAAUUUUCAAUAGGGGCAAGCUAGAAUCUACUCUAGGUUGGACCGUUUCUAUGCCAAUAAGCAUUUCUUUUCCUUCAUUCCUUUUGAUGAAGAUAACAUUAUUAGAACCAUUGCUACCUCCCUUUCUGAUCAUCAUCCUAUUGUGGCCAAUGUCAACUAUAUCUCUGCUCCCAGGCAUACCAGGAAUAGAAAUUAUAAGUUUAUUUUGAAUUCUAGCUUGCUCUCUGAUGAAGAUGUGCUUAAUGCCCUCCUUAUUAUUAGGGGCAUUAAUAAACUUAGUAUGCAGCAUUUAUCUCAUUUGGAUAGAUGGCUGCGUAACAUGUCUACCUGGAAGAAAUUUCUUCAAACUAUUGGCCAGAAAAAAGCUAAAGAUUACCGUUAUGUUGAGAAAUUGUUAUGUUCCAAUCUUCAGGAGGCUGAGAAUAAUAUUCAAAACAAUAGGUCUGACCCUGAUCGGCUAACCCAACUUAUGGCUGCUAAAGACGCUCUCAGUUCUCAUCAGCAGUUUAGGAUCAAGGGCGCGAGACUUCGUGCCAGAGCUAAUUGGCUUCAUGCUGGUGAUAGAGGAACUAAAUUUUUCUUCAAUCUGCUUAGAAAUAAACAUUGUAAAGAGUCGGUUGAUAAACUUAUGGUUGACAAUCAGGAUAUUUCUGACCCAGUCAACAUUGCCAAGGCCUUUGCUGAGUUUUACAGAGCUCUGUUCUCUUCCGAAGACUCUCAGGAAGCUGAAGCUACUAGGAAUAAGUGUAAACCACUUAUUCCUAGGAAGCUUGAUCCUAGUGACAUUCUUAAACUUUCUAAGUUUAUUACUAUUGAAGAAAUUGAGAAUGCAGUUAAAAAUCUCUGUAAUGAAAAGGCUCCGAGCCCUGAUGGUUUCCCGGUUGAAUUUUACAAGGCUAACUCUAGUUGGAUUUGCAAGGAUCUUCUUGACCUGUUCAAUGAAGCCAUAGAGAACGGAUCUUUAGGUCCGGAGAUUAAUAAAGGCAUUAUCAGACUUCUUCCUAAGGAAGGGAACAAGGCUCUCAUUAAGAACUGGAGGCCUAUCACUCUGCUCAAUGUCUCCUACAAAAUAUUAGCGAAGGUCUUGGCCCUGAGACUGGUGGAUAUCCUCCCUAAGUUUAUUUGUCCGACUCAAACUGGCUUUAUUAAGGGGAGGUAUAUUUUGGAGAAUUUGAUCACUAGUUGGGAGGCUAUGGAGUGGGCUAAGUGCUCCAAUCAGAAUUCGGCCAUGCUGCUUCUUGACUUUGAAAAGGCUUAUGAUAGGAUUGAAUGGAAGUUUAUUCUUAUGAUGUUGGAGGCUUUUGGUUUUCCUUCAUUUUUUUGUAGUGCUGUUCAGACCUUGCUCAAGGAUGCCUCGGCUCAAGUUGAAAUAAAUGGUAUUCUUUCGCCCUCAUUUCCGCUCAGUAGGUCUAUAAGGCAGGGUUGUCCGCUUGCCCCUGCUCUCUUUGUUAUUUCUUCUGAGGCUCUGUUUUACAUUCUCCGGGAUGCCUCUCUUUCUCCUGUGGUCAAAGGUAUUAGUCUCCCCAACAAUGAUAUGCUUAUUAACUGUCAGUUCGCCGAUGAUACUGCUCUGUUUUUCGAGCUCUCCGAAGAGAAUUUUAGUGUCCUUAAAGGGAAACUUGAUCUUUUUUGUUCUGCCUCUGGUGCUCGCAUAUCCCCUGCCAAGUCGAUCUGUUUGGGUUGGGAAGAUCAACCUCCUGAGUGGUUUUCUUGUUCUGGUCUUGAGUGGGGUGGUCCUAAGAAAAUUGUUAAAUAUCUCGGUAUUCCUUUUUCUGUAGAUCCUGGUCUUAGAAGCAUGUGGCUGUGGGUUAGAGAUAAAAUUCUUAACAAGCUUAAUAAAUGGCAUAAUAGAACUUUGUCUCUGGCCGGUCGUAUUCAAGUGUGUCAGAAAAUUUUGUCCUCUUAUAGUAUCUACUAUUCUUCAGCUUGGUUAUUCAGUAACUACCAGAUCCAAGACAUUCAGAGCGCCAUCAGAUCUUUCCUCUGGUCCGAUGGUAAAGGUAAUAAGAAGUGUCAUGCUGUCAGGUGGGCUUGGUGUCAUGUGGACAAGUCCUUUGGUGGUUUAGGGCUUAAGGACCUGAAACUCCAAGGGAUUGCCCUCUCCGCCAAGUGGAUAUUUCUCUCUUUGAAUGGUGACUGCCCGUGGAAAGUGCUUGUUAGGCACAACAUUGAGAGAGGUUAUCCCAAGAAAGCUAAGUCUUGGAAGAAUCUCCCUUUUGGUGAUCUUCUGUUGGGGGAAUUCCCGGUUGCGGUUCAAGGUUCUAUGGUUUUUAAGGCCAUUUGGAAGGCCUGGGAACAGGUCAGGGACCACAUUAUGAAUAAGAGCUGGUACCACCAAGGCUCUCUCCACGGUGAGAGAUCCAUUUGGUGGAAUCUUGUCAUUAAUGGGAAACCCCUUGCCUUAAUGCAGGGCUGCUCUGCUAGAUCUUGGGCUAAAAAAGGUAUCAAGCAGUUUGUAGACUUGUUCGAGGGUGAUCUUCUCCCGUCUUGGGACGCUAUCAAAUCUAAAUUUGAUAUUCCUGACUCUCAGAGAAGAACGUACAAUAUGGUGAGACAAGCCUCCAGACACCUCCCCUUUGUUUGCAACGUGGACUCCCUUAGACAUCUUCAUUGCUUGUGGCCCGGAGGUGUGGCUAUGGACUGCCUUAAAGCCAAACACAUUCAUUCUGUUAUUAAUCAGAAUAAAGACAUUUUCAGUCAUGUGAACUCUACGUGGCAUCUAUCCCUUGAUGACAAGAUGUGGAGUAAAGUUUUUCAGCGGCUCUGGAAAAGUCCUGUUGAGCCGAAAAUCAAUUGUUUUAGAUGGCUUGUUUUACUUGACAGACUUCCUAUCAAGAGGUUUAGUACUGAUUCUGAUUCUCAUUUUGAUCUGUGCAAUCUGUGUAAGGUUCCUGAAACUGGUAAACAUAUCCUUUUUGAUUGUCUCUUUGCUAAGGAAAUUUGGAAUAGAUUUGGCAUUAUUUAUCCGUUCAAUAUGAGCAUUCUUAAUAUUAUUUCUGGUUAUGUGCCUGGCUUGCAUAAGGAUUCGAAUUUAUUUUGGAAUAUGCUGUCUUCUAACAUUCUUUGGCAGAUCUGGAAAUGCAGGAACGAAGAAAAGUUUCAAGGUAAGCCGAGAGUUCUUACUGAGUUUUUCAGGAAACUCACACAUUUCAAAAAUUUUCUGCAGGUUCAUGUUACGAUGAUGGUGGAAAGGAAGAAGUUAAAGAGGUUCAUUCAAUGCGGUCAUGCAUCCUUUUAUUUUCACGAGUUGAAGAAUGGCCCCCUUUGGCAGAGAACCCUGGAUGACCUACAUGCGUUCGAGGUUGCCUGCGAGAAGUUUAAAGAUGAAAUCAGGAAGAAUGGGAACCCCAGAUUAGAUGAGCUUUCCUUGCUAGCUCAGGUGCAAGCUCACAAAGACUUGGUCUGGAUGGAUGGUCCUCUUGGCUGGGUGGCUUGGGUUGAUCGCUCAUUGGACAUUCUAUCUUAGUCCUGUUGCAGAUCUUGGUUGUAAUUAUUUUUUUUUUAUCAGUGUCGUCCUCUGUAAACUGUAUAUGUUUUUGAUCGAGUGAGGCUAGGCCUCUGGUUGAUGUAAUCUUGAACUCUUAUGUAAUUUUG